AGUUUGCCCCCCGGGGCGGCGCCCGGCUCUGGGCGCUCCUCCUGGCGCUCCUGUUGAGCGGAGGGGUGGCGGUGAUGGCGGGGUGCCACGGGGUGCGCUGAGGAACGGACGGACGGACGGACGGACAGACGAGAGCAUCAUGCGCUCCCUGAACAUCACCCCGGAGCAGUUCGCGCAGCUCCUGCGGGACAACAACGUGACACGAGAGCAGUUCAUCGCCCUGUACGGACUGCAGCCGCUUGUGUACGUCCCGGAGCUGCCGGGCCGCACCAAGGUGGCUUUCGUUCUCAUCUGCGUGCUCAUCUUCGCCCUCGCCCUUUUCGGCAACUGCCUGGUGCUCUACGUGGUGACCCGCAGCAGGGCCAUGAGGACCGUCACCAACAUCUUCAUCUGCUCCUUGGCGCUCAGCGACCUCCUCAUCGCUUUCUUCUGCGUCCCCUUCACCAUGCUGCAGAACAUCUCCUCCGAGUGGUUGGGCGGUGCCUUCGCUUGCAAGAUGGUACCAUUUGUUCAAUCCACUGCCAUUGUAACUGAGAUUCUUACAAUGACCUGCAUCGCUGUGGAAAGACACCAGGGAAUUGUGCAUCCACUAAAAAUGAAAUGGCAGUACACCAAUAAAAGGGCUUUCACGAUGCUUGGCAUAGUCUGGUUGCUGGCCAUUAUUGUUGGGUCACCUAUGUGGCAUGUGCAACGGCUUGAGGUUAAAUAUGACUUCCUGUAUGAAAAAGUGCACAUCUGUUGCUUGGAAGAGUGGGCCAGUCCAACUUAUCAGAAGAUAUAUACCACUUUUAUACUUGUUAUACUCUUUCUUUUUCCAUUGAUAUUGAUGCUUUGCUUAUACACUAAAAUUGGUUAUGAACUCUGGAUUAAGAAACGAGUGGGAGAUGCUUCAGUUCUUCAAACUAUUCAUGGGAGUGAAAUGUCUAAAAUAUCAAGGAAGAAGAAGCGAGCAAUUGUUAUGAUGGUGACAGUGGUGUUUCUCUUUGCAGUCUGUUGGGCCCCUUUCCACAUUAUUCACAUGAUGAUGGAAUACAGUAACUUUGAAAAACAGUAUGACGAUGUGACAAUCAAAAUGAUCUUUGCAAUCGUUCAAAUUAUAGGAUUCUUCAAUUCUAUUUGCAACCCUAUUGUGUAUGCUUUCAUGAAUGAGAACUUCAAGAAGAAUUUUCUUUCUGCCAUCUGCUUCUGCAUUGUCAAAGAAAAUACAUCUCCAACCAGGCAACUUGGGAACUCAGGGAUUACUAUGAGGCGGCAGAAGGCAAGUGAUUCUCAGAGAGUUCCCACUGACUCAGAUGAGUCCAGAAGAGAGGCAUUCAGUGAUGGCAACAUUGAAGUGAAGUUCUGUGAUCAACCGUCUUCAAAAAGGAAUUUGAAAAGGCACCUCACUUUGUUCAGCUCUGAGCUUCCUGUGCAUUCUGCAAGCACUCAGUAGCAUUACAAAGGCUUUGAGAAUGGAAUAAAAUGUUCUUUUUUAUAAAACUUUGAACAUGCCAUUUAAAAUAGUUCUCUAAUUUGCAUGCUGAAAUGAAAGGGGGAAAAUAUUUUGAUUAUAGUAAGGUUGGAAUAGUAAUUCAGAAAUUGCAGUAUAUUUUAUAAGGAUGAAGAAAAAGCUUUGGAAAAAUGUUACUGUGAUUUCAAGGAAAAUAUUUUUCCUCCUAAGUUAAUUUAGGGCUUACCUUGCCCUUUGCUUUUAGGUAGAACAAAAACCAGUUGAUUGCCAGUUUAUUCUGUCCAGAUGCUGGCACGCUGCUGGACUGUAUUCAGCUGAAUGCCAGAAGAGAAGCACUAUGGAGAGAGUGCACGCUUUUUAUGGACAGCUUGGGAAGCUCACAUGGGUCCAACAUUGUCUAUAUGAUGUACUAUCUGUGUAGCUCUGAUGAUCGAGAGACUUCAGAUCUGAGUUCAGGGAAAAUGUAGACUGAGGUGAAAUUCUGUUUUGCAGGGAGAGGGAGUCAGCAAUAAUUUGGUUGUGAUGAGAUUUGGGCACAUUUGCAUGUGAAUGUUAUUAGCAGGAAGCAUAUUAGAAAUUAACAAUGCAUGCAUAACUAAUGUGCUGUUUUUUACAGGUUACUUCUUGGGUACAACAUUAAAUUCCAGUGUAUUUCCCUGUAAAAUGCAUUAUUCCUACUGGAGAAUGUGGAACUUCAAAGUGCUGUACAAGUCAAUGGCCUACAGAGGUGUGAUCUGUAGGUGAACUCAGUGUUUACACUUAGUCAUGCUUUGACAAAUAGCUUCUGGGUUGGAGUUGUUGCCACUUCCCAGAGGUAUAUAAGGGCCAGUCCCAGAACUGGUUGGACUCUACAUAAGACCUUCAGUUGAAUACUAUUGUCUUCUGACUAGAUGCUUAUUUGAAGCACAAGCUUUCUCUCUUUCAUCUUACAAGUGUGUUAAUUACUGUGGAAGAACAGGGCUGGUAUUACAGAGUUGAAAUCCAUAUAAAUUAUUAGACAAAAACAAAGCAAAAGCAACAAGAAGCCCCCCUCCCUGCUCCCUCCAGUAAAUAAGUAAAUAAGCAAGCAACCAAACAACCCCAAAAAAACACCCCAAAAACAAAAACCAAGCUUGCUAUCACUGGGUCAAGCUGUGAGACUGGAAAAUCAAAGGAUCCUUAUGAAUGUGGGACUGGAGAAAAAGUGUGAGCAGGUUCCACAAAUAAUGCUUCGAAAUAUGUAAUUUGCUGCUCCAGAGGAGAUUAGGCUGAAUCCUUUAAUGGCCUGUGAGAUGUUGGUGCUUUUUUGUCACCUCUCACUUUCCAUAGACCUUGGUGCUCCCUUGAUGGUGACUUAAGUUUCUUUGAUAUUGCUGCUUAUGUUUCAUUGUCAGUUGAGAUUUAAGUUUCUCAUGAAUCAAUCGGAACUAAACUGGUCCUUAUGUAAUAUUUACAAAUGUUUGGAUAAUGCGUUCUGAUGCUGGUUUGUGAUGUACUCUUUAUUUAAAUUUCUAUUUAUUAUAUUGUAUAUGACAUACUUAACUACAAUUAUAGAGGAAGAUUCCCAGCUUGAUCUGGCAGCCAGGAAUUAAGAGCGCUCUUACCCAGUCUAGCUCAUGUAUUAGAUAAAAUGCUGAUAUCAGAGAGCUGUAUCUGGGUAAAACAGGAUGAGUGAAAUCAUUUAGUUUCAGUCAUACAAAGGUGCCCUUUUGCAUUACCUUUGAAUGAUGCUGGUAAAUGGCUGCAGCAGAUUUUGCCUGUGAUUACAACUGUGAUUGCCUUUGCUUUUCUGUCUUAGUUGUCUUUCAGGAGACAGGUCUUUAGUUAAGUUCCCUGCCCUGAAGAACAGGGGCUCAGGAAGGUCAAUUAUGACAGCUUUCCUCAGUUGAUGCAAAAUUUAUCUGGCUGAUGAUAAUCAUUUGGUUUGACAGAUCUGCAAAAAGCACUUUAUUUUAAGCUUUUAUUUUUGUACUGCUAAUUUCAGUAAUGUAGUUCAACAGCAAAGGUGAUAGCUGUUUUACAAAGCUUCCAGGUAUUGUAUAUGUUUGCUUUGUCUGACCUGUUUGUUCUGUUGUUUGAUAAAAACUAUGUCCACAAGUGACUGUAUUAGCUUUUUUUCAUUAAAACUCCAUUUUGGCAUUUCUUGGAGCAUCUU